AUGUGGCGCUCUAAGAAACUACCAACUAAAAGGCUAAAGCUUAAAGGUUUUCCAAAGGAAGGACUAUCUAAUUACCAUCAACAAUAUGCGGAAAAAUUUAAUCAACUUCAUAAGGCCCUGCAUUGGUUACUUAUCAUCUCUAUUUUGGCUAAUAUAGCCCCUAUAACGAGCUUACCAAUAUGUCCUAAUAGAUUUUACAAAUUAAUCCACCUAUGUUGGAUUUUUGUUUGGUAUGCAUGUUUUGCCUGUGGUUCCUACUGGGAAUUCGUAAUCGUCACUUUAGAAAAGGUUUCCCUGGAUCGCUAUCUAAACGCCAUUGAAUCAUGCAUUUAUGUGGUCCAUAUCUUCGUCAUUAUGCUCCUUGCUUGGCAAUGGAGGAAAUGCGUUCCAAAAGUCAUAAAGGAUAUUGUGAAAUGGGAUUUGGAGAGCGGUUACAGCAUCGAUUGCAAGAGGACGAAGAGGUUUAUUAGGAAUCAGCUAUAUCUGGUCUGGAUUUUCACAUGCCUGGCCUUCUUCUUUGAUAUGUGGAGCCACAAAUGUGAGAUCCUCAAAUCGGUCCUGAGUAUUAAUAGCUAUGUGAUGCCGAACAUCAUAAGCUGCUUAUCAUUUGUCCAGUACUAUCUGGUACUUCAAGGAAUCGCUUGGCGUCAGAGGAAAGUAACCGAAAACCUGGAGCGGGAAUUGUUCCAUAUAAUUCGCCCUCGACAAGCGGAGGUGCAAAGAUUUCGAAUACAGCACGCAGAUCUGACUAAUUUCACCAAGUUCACGAACCGCACAUUCCAGUACUCCAUUGUACUUCUCUUGGUGGGAUGUUUCUUGAACUUUAACCUGGUCUUGUUCUUAGUAUACCAGGGCAUUGAAAAUCCUUCGAUGACUGAAAUUGACUGGUCCAAGUGGUUAUACAUGAUCCUCUGGCUUGCCAUGCACUUGGGAAAAGUUGUCAGUAUCCUGUUUUUCAAUCAACAAAUCCAAAAUGAGCAAUCCAAGUGCUUGGUCUUCUUAAAUCGAGUGUCAUGUACUGACAAUGAUCUUAGGGAAACUAUUACUCACUAUAUUCUACAAAUGCGGACAAAUGUACGACAGCAUGUUGUGGGUGGCGCCAUUGAACUAGACCUAAAAUUUGUAACAGCUUUGCUAGUGGCCUCUGCGGAUUUUUUCAUCUUUCUGCUGCAAUACGAUGUAACUUAUGAGGCGUUGUCUAAAUCAGUUACGGGAAAUAUAACUAAAACUUAA